AUGUUUGAGGACAAAAGCAGGACGAGCUCCAGCUCUGAGCCGGAAGACAGCGAGAGGCUGCUUUCAGACGACGACAAUGCUAUUUACGAGCGAAAAACUCCCAGGAAGACAAGAUCUUGGAUCGCAACGACGGUGCUGGUCACUGCGACCGCAUGCAUUGCUGGGUUUACAGGAGCUUGGAUCGGGAGCAGCAACUGGAGACACAAUCCGACCGAAAUAUCCUGCACGAAGCAAUUGAAUCAGUUCUCUCCACUGUGGGGCGAGGUAGACAUCUCUUACGAGGUCAUCCAAUUCAAUGGAUCCUUAUUGAAAGAAAACAUCUUCCGGCAAGACGCUAGCCCGGAGGUGGAUGCUGCUUGGGAAUCACUUGGUGUCAAUUAUCGAGGUGUUGCCAUUCCCGCGGACAAGGCUGGGAAAGCCGGGAUCGCCAAGGAUCAGGUCAAGGUCUCCGAGAAAUACGGCGGAGGAUACCCAGCGAAUGUGGAAGGACUUCAUCACCUACAUUGCCUGAAUUUGCUCCGCCAAACCUUGUACUACAACUAUGAUUAUUACCGGAACGAGGGCAAAGGAGCUUUCUUGAAUGCAGACCACAUAGUCCGCAAGCACGUCUCGCACUGCCUCGACAUAAUUCGCCAGCAGCUCAUGUGCACCGUCGACACCGGCGUCCUUGGCCAGGUUUGGUACAAGCCGCAUGAUGCGCCACUGGAAGCUUAUGUCGACUUCAACACGCACCACAAAUGUCGCAACUUCGAUGCCGUCCGCGCCUGGGCCGAAGAACAUCAGAUGCCUGCCACCGUUCCCAACGACUUCCUCCAGCCUCCCGCACCCGGUGAUACCAUCUACACUUCUAUUCCGUAA